CCAAGUCCAGUCCAAGUCCAGUCCAAGUCCAGUCCAGUCCAGCCAGCCCUCUAUCUCCCCAUCUCCCCCCAUCAUGACCAAGUCGCAGUUCGAAGUCCGGGAAAUCCACACCAAGGAGGAAUAUGCUCGUCUAGUCGAUGUCCUCUGGUCAGCCAACUUCAACCCUUACAACCCAGUAUUCACCGCCGUCCACCCCGUAAGCGGCCAUACCGCAGAAGACCGCGUAAAAGACAAAGCCCUCGACACGGAAAUCCGCUGGGCCGCGCACGAGAAGAAUCCUGCCUCCCAUCUCAUCUAUGUGAUCGAUACCGAGACCGGUCGCGUGGCCGGUGGCUGCGAAUGGCUCAUUUUCCACAAGAACCCCUUUCCUAAUGGCCCUCAACCCUUAUCGUGUACGUGGUACCCGGAGGGCUCCGAACGCGCCGAGUAUGCUAGUCGCAUGCUCAGUCAGGCCUUUUUUCCGAGAAUGUGUUGGUUGCAGAGGCCUCAUGCUGGUGUAAAUGCUAUGGGCGUUCACCCCGAUUACCGCCGUCGAGGCGUAGGACGCCUUCUCAUGCAAUGGGGACAUGAGAGGAUUGACCCCUUGGGAUAUGAGAGCUGGAUCGAGGGCAGUCCCAUCGGUCGCUGGUUGUAUGAAGAGAGCGGAUACAAGCGCGUCAUCAGUCUGAAUAUCGACUUUGCGAAGAAGAACCCCAGUGAUGAGUGGAACAGGUUGGUGCAUGAAUGUCAACCGCCCGCUAUUCUUUUGCUGUGGCGCCCUCCGCGCGGCGAGUGGAAUGAUAAGGUGCCCCCGGGUCCCUGGGCGGUUACCGAGAAUACCUGGAAAUAGGUUCGUCGUUCUGCCAGGAGUGUUUUGACUUAGAUGUAGAAUAGAUGAGAUGAUGAUGAUUGAUAUGAUGAUGGAAUUAGAGACUUCAGCUCAUUGUGUUUUUUCUUGAUUGUUGAUACUCGGGACGUUCUGACGGCAAGGCCGUUUCCCCUCAUGCAAAUUAGGUUUCGCGUCCAACUCUCUCUGGUGUCCAGACCAGCCAUCAUGCGGUCAUAGUGCACGCCUUAAAGCCAAAGUGCCUUUAGGUUGGAUGUAACGACAUGCUUGUCUGUUUCAUGUCCAUUCUUCAAUUGGAUGAUGCGUGGGAUUCCCUGCGGAUAGCAAAUGGCAUGCAAAGCUUCCUUUCCGAACAGCUGACUCUCGUCGUGUAACAGCCAUCAAAAUCUGUCUAGCCAGCAUCUCCGCAAACGGACGAGCUCUGAAUAUCUCACUCUUUCAGGCCACCCGUAGCUUCGAGUAUAUUACUCGCUCGUUGCAUCAGUGGCAUACAAUCUCUGUCAUCCAUCUCUGCAGUUAUAGUUAUGAACCAAAUGUCACAUCAACAACAUGCACACAGAGGAAACAUUCGACUUCAUCAUAGUCGGAGCAGGCGUUGCGGGUAAUACCCCCAUAACAACCACACCCGUCCUCAUUGACAAGCAACAGGCUGCGUCUUAGCAAGUCGAAUCUCGC